AUGGCUCUGUCCCUGGCCGGCGAGUCCGUCCCCGGAGACGGCGGAGACUCGUUCGGGAUAAGCCCCGCCGGCCUCGCCUCCUACUACCCCUCUUUUCUUCCACCCGCCCAUUACUUCGAGACGGCCCCCGACUUCUUCCAGCCCCUGAAACCCCUGGGCGAACUGGUUUCCUCCCCUCCGCCUCUGCCUCCCUUCACUUACAGCAGGGUCCCCGCUUUUCUGAGCCAGCCGCCCCCUCCGGGGGCGCCGGGGUCGCUCUCGCCGCCCUACCCGAGCCCCCCGCGCAGGGCUGCCCGCAGUCCGGGGGCAGACGGGGCGGCGGGACAGAGCUGCAGGUACCACUUCACCGAGGAGGAGCUCAACGCGGUGCUCUACGGGGCACUCCGGAGCAGCCAGCCCACCGGGAAUCUCCACGCCAUCUCGGGGCUCCGGGUGUCCCCCGCCGGCUCGGGUAAGGGGGUCUUUGACCCGGCACAGAGUAACCCUGGGCGGCAGGUCGCUCCUUGCGGCCAGGUGUGCGGGAAGGUUCGGGGACAGGCCGGUGCCGUGCUGAAGAAGGGGUUCCGCUUUUGCAGGCGCUGCGGACUCGGCCGCCCCGCUGCUGGACCGGGACUCGCUGCAGCUGCCCGAAGGUAGGUAGGUGUCCCGGAGCGCCCGCCGCCCGUCCGCCCGGCCGCGCUCAGCCCCCUGUCCCCCGCAGGGCUCUCGGUGCUGCGGGUGGCCUACGGGGACGUGUCUCAGCUCGGAGUCUUCUGUACGGACCCCAUCCCGAAAGGAGUCCGCUUCGGCCCUUUCCAAGGCAAAGUGGUCAACACGAGCGAGAUCAAGACUUACGACGACAACUCGCUGAUGUGGGAGAUCUUUGAAUACGGUGGCCUGAGCCACUUUAUCGACGGGAAGGGCGCCGCUGGCAACUGGAUGUCCCUGGUGAACUGUGCCAGGUUCCCCGAGGAGCAGAAUUUGACGGCUAUCCAGUGCCAGGGACAAAUCUUCUACGAGACCUGCAAGGAAAUCUUUCCGAACCAGGAGCUGCUGGUGUGGUACGGCGAUUGCUACGUGCAAUUCCUGGGCAUCCCCAUCAGCUUGAAGGGCACGGCGGAGGGGAAGAAACCCCCGCAGCACCCGGAAGAAGCCGGGGAGAGCUUCAAGUGCGAGCGCUGCGGCAAAGUGUUUGCCUACAAGUACUACCGGGACAAACACCUCAAGUACACCCGCUGCGUGGACCAGGGGGACCGCAAAUUUCCUUGUCACCUUUGUGACCGAUCCUUUGAAAAAAGAGACAGGCUGAGGAUCCACAUUCUCCACGUUCACGAAAAGCACAGACCUCACAAGUGCUCUGUGUGUGGGAAGAGCUUUUCUCAAUCCUCCAGCCUGAACAAACACAUGAGGGUUCACUCUGGGGAGCGCCCCUACAAAUGUGUCUACUGCAACAAGGCGUUCACAGCGUCCAGCAUCCUGCGCACUCACAUCCGCCAGCACUCGGGGGAGAAGCCCUUCAAGUGCAAGCACUGCGGCAAAGCCUUCGCCUCGCACGCCGCCCACGACAGCCACGUGCGGCGCACGCACAGCAAGGACAAGGGCUGCACCUGCUCCGUGUGCGGCCAGCACUUCCCCCAGCAGGAGGAUUACAGCUUCCACCUCAAGAUCCAUGCUGCUCAUUAG